AUGACGAUGGUGAGGAACGACAACGACAUCAUCAACCGUGGUGCGUCGAUACCGCUCGAGACAACGAUGACGGAAGUUGAUGGCAGUGGCAACGAUGAUGGCUCCUCGGCUACAAUCUACGGCAGAUCUGGAGAUCUCAUUCUCGACGGCGGGAAGGACUUCACCGUCGAACUACGGAUGGAGCAGAGGCGGCGACGAUACGAUUUAAAGUCGGAGGCCGGAGUGGACAUCGGCUGUUCUUUUCACAACGACCGUGACUGA